CCGCCCCCACCAGCCUCUUUCUCUUUCCUUUUCUCCCUCAGGGUAGAGAUAGGUAGGGUUAGGUCAGUUGCCCAAAGGUGGGGACAUUUCCUGAUGCCUUUGCAACACUGAGAUGUUGUCUUAAGAGAGGCUGGGCCCCAUUCUGGCACCAGGCCUGGAAGGUGAACACCGGGGGGCCACCGGGACAGUGUGCUGGGGGGGACACCCAGGCCGUCCUCUCUUCUCUCCUGGCAGCUCUCUCAGCCUCUAGCUUUCCACUUGACCAUGGCCCUGGCUGAGGUCAUCAGCCUCUGGAAUGAAGGGGUGCUGGCAGCCGACAAGAAGGACUGGAAGGGGGCCCUGGACGCCUUCAGCGCAGUCCAAGACCCCCACUCCCGGAUUUGCUUCAACAUCGGCUGCAUGCACACGAUCCUGGGAAACAUGCUGGAGGCGGAGAAGGCCUUUACCAAAAGCAUUAACCAAGACAAGCACUUGGCAGUGGCUUACUUCCAACGAGGGAUGCUCUACUACCGGACAGAGAAAUAUGAUUUGGCCAUUAAAGACCUUAAGGAGGCCUUGACUCAACUUCGAGGGAACCAGCUGAUAGACUACAAGAUCCUGGGGCUGCCAUUCAAGCUGUUUGCCUGUGAGGUGUUAUAUAAUAUUGCUUUCAUGUACGCCAAGAAGGAGGAAUGGAAAAAGGCUGAGGAACAGUUAGCACUGGCUUCGGGAAUGAAGUCUGAGCCCCGACAUUCCAAAAUCGACAAGGCCAUGGAGAGUGUCUGGAAACAGAAGCUGUAUGAGCCAGUGGUGAUCCCCAUGGGCAGGCUGUUUCGACCAAAUGAGAGACAAGUGGCUCAGCUGGCCAAGAAGGAUUACCUCGGCAAGGCUACGGUUGUGGCAUCUGUGGUGGAUCAAGACAGUUUCUCUGGGUUUGCCCCUCUGCAGCCACAGGCAGCUGAGCCUCCACCCAGACCCAAAACCCCAGAGAUCUUCAGGGCUCUGGAAGGAGAGGCUCACCGUGUGCUGUUUGGGUUUGUGCCUGAGACCCCAGAGGAGCUUCAGGUCAUGCCAGGGAACAUUGUCUUUGUGUUGAAGAAAGGCAAUGAUAACUGGGCCACGGUCAUGUUCAACGGGCAGAAGGGGCUUGUUCCCUGCAACUACCUUGAACCAGUUGAGCUGCGGAUCCAUCCUCAGCAGCAGCCCCAGGAUGGCUCCCCAGAGCUUGACAUCCCAGCUCCUCCCAGUUCUGAUGCCCCAGGAAGACCCCAGCUGUCACCAGGUCGGAAACAAAAAGAAGAGCCCAAGGACGUAAGGCUGAGUGUUCCCAUGCCCUAUAUGCUCAAGGUGCACUACAAGUACACGGUGGUCAUGGAGACGCAGCCUGGGCUCUCCUAUAGCCAGGUCCGGAAUAUGGUGUCUAAGAAACUGGAGCUCCUGCCAGAACACACGAAGCUGAGCUACCGGCCUCAGGACAGCAAUGAGCUGGUGCUGCUGUCCGAAGAUAACAUGAAGGAUGCCUGGGGCCAAGUGAAAAACUACUGCCUGACUCUGUGGUGUGAGAACACAGUGGGUGACCAAGGCUUUCCAGAUGAACCCAAGGAAAGUGAAAAAUGUGAUGCUAAAAACCAUCCGACAGAACUUCAGCUUAAGGAAAGGAGCCAAGUGGUAGCUCUCUUCAGUUACAAGGCUACGCAACCAGAGGACCUGGACUUUGUGGAAGGGGAUAUAAUCCUCGUGCUAUCAAAGGUGAAUGAAGAGUGGCUGGAAGGGGAAUGUGAAGGGAAGGUUGGCAUCUUCCCCAAAGCUUUUGUUGAAGAAUGUGCAACUACAGAUGUGAAAAGCACUCCUAGAGAAGUCUAGGACGUUUCACAACCUACUAAGUCAAACACAAGGAAGCCUUUGUUUGCAUGAUUUAGCAGGCCUCUGCUGUAGACUGUACUGGGGACAUUACAGUUUGAGAGCGUUAACCUAAAUUUUUUCUGUUAACAAUUAUCUAUUAGGCAUUUAUGUGAGUACCCAGGAUGAUGAUUGUCUGGGGCACAGGGGGUGGGGAAGUUAUGGGGAGGAGUGGAAGUAAGUGUCUGAGGGGGUCUUAUAGGGUGCUGAUAAUCUGUUUCUUGCUCUGAGUGCCAGCUACCCAGAUGCAUUCACAUUGUAAAAAUUCACCAAGCUGUCUACCUUUGAAUGAUGCAUUUCUCUGUAUGUAUGAUACCUCAAUAACAAAAAAAAACUUAAUUUCAGGGCAGCACCUGUGGCUCAGUGAGUGGGGCGCCAGCCCUGGCCAAACUGCAAC